CCGCGGCCGGGCAGCACCCGGAGCCCCGAGCUCCGCCCCGCCGCUCCCGGAGCCGAUCGCACCCGGGCCGGCGGCGCGGUCCUUCCCCGCACUGCUCGGCUCAGAGAGCGCUUCCCACUUAAUGAAAGAUGUCAGCAAUUGGAGCGGUGUCCUGCUCCUGUCUCCGUUCUGGUGUGUGGUUGCUGAAACCAGGAAUGCAGAAGAUGAGUUCCUUGGGCUUACACACAACAGCCAGGUGUGCUGCCAAGGAUUAUUAUGAAGUACUUGUGUUGGGUGGAGGUGCUGGUGGAAUCGCCAUGAGUGCUCGGAUGAAGAGGAAAGUGGGGGCAGGAAAUGUGGCUGUUGUUGAGCCAAGUACGACUCAUUACUAUCAGCCACUGUGGACCCUGGUUGGUGCUGGUGCAAAGCAGCUGGCAGUUUCUGCACGUCCAAUGGGAAGUGUAAUGCCUAAAGGUGUUGAGUGGAUCAAAUCUCAAGUUAUGGCAUUGGAUCCAGAUAAGAACUGUGUCUGGCUGGAGAAUGAUAUCAAGGUAUCUUACAAGUAUCUGAUAAUUGCCCUUGGAAUUAGUCUGCAUUAUGAAAAGAUCAAAGGCUUGCCUGAAGGUUUUAAACACCCUAAAAUAGGUUCUAAUUAUUCAGUCCAGACAGUAGAGAAAACAUGGAGAGCUUUACAAGAUUUUAAGGAAGGAAAUGCUAUCUUUACUUUUCCAAAUACUCCAGUGAAGUGUGCAGGGGCUCCUCAGAAGAUCAUGUAUUUAUCAGAUGCAUACUUGAGAAAAACAGGAAAACGUUCCAAAGCAAACAUCAUGUUCAACACCUCACUUGGUGUGAUUUUUGGUGUUAAGAAAUAUGCUGAUGCAUUGCUUGAAGUAAUAAAGGACAGGAAUCUUGCUGUAAACUACAAGCGCAACCUCAUAGAAGUUCGAGCAGACAAGCAAGAAGCUGUGUUUGAAAACUUGGACAAACCUGGAGUGACUGAAGUUUAUCAGUAUGAAAUGCUUCAUGUCACACCCCCAAUGGGGCCACCUGCUGUACUUGUCAACAGUCCUGUCUCAGAUGAAGGCGGCUGGGUGGAUGUAGAUAAGGAGACUCUACAACAUAAAAAGUAUCCUAAUGUCUUUGGUAUUGGAGAUUGCACCAACCUUCCAACAUCCAAAACUGCUGCAGCUGUAGCUGCACAGUCUGGAGUCCUUGAUAAAACCAUUUCUCUGGUAAUGAAGAAUGAGUUGCCAGUUAAAAAGUAUGAUGGAUACACUUCCUGCCCACUAGUAACAGGAUACAACAAAGUGAUUCUGGCAGAGUUUGACUACAAUGCUCAGCCUUUGGAGACCUUUCCCAUUGACCAGAGUAAGGAGAGUGCAACCAUGUACCACAUGAAAGCUGAUAUGAUGCCUCUGCUCUAUUGGAAUGCACUACUUAAGGGAUACUGGGGAGGACCAGCUCCUGUCAGGAAGUUAAUGCAUCUGGGCUUGAAGUAACUGCUGGUUCUUGGCAUUGGUUAAAACCUUCCAAAGAAGUGGACUGGUCUCACACUGGAUCAAUACAUAUCUUUCCUCUUGGAAUACCUGACAGACAUUUUUUUUUUUUUUUUUAAUCAAGCUUUGGUCACUAAUUCACUUUUCCUCCCACUAUGGAUUAAAGCCUUCAUAGUGCUCUUUCCCUGAGGCCUUAAACUUUCCCUUAAGAGGCCUUAAACUACUUUGAUAUUUACACAGGAAUCUGACCUUGCCUUACCCUAUGGAUUACUACAGAAAUUGCUGGAACAAUCAAUAUUUUCAAAGCUAUUGUGUAUUUAAAAUUUUCUUCUUGAAAAAUUUCUAAAUUGUCUGCAUCAAAGAUCAGUGCAUGCACUGGAUUUAACGGUGAUUUAAUACUAGUAAAAUGGCCUGAAAGUCUCUUA